UAUCCUGCUCAUCACCAUCGUCAUUUUAUCGCCUUCGCGUCACUAAUAGCAUAACUACCUUCUCAUAAUCUCACUCUAUCCGACAAAAUGACCGGAGGCAAAUCUGGAGGCAAGGCCAGCGGCAGCAAGAACGCCCAGUCCCGCUCGUCUAAGGCCGGUCUCGCCUUUCCCGUUGGACGUGUCCACCGUCUCCUCCGCAAGGGUAACUAUGCUCAGCGUGUCGGUGCUGGUGCCCCCGUUUACCUUGCUGCCGUUCUUGAAUAUCUCGCUGCUGAGAUUCUCGAGUUGGCUGGAAACGCCGCUCGCGACAACAAGAAGACUCGUAUCAUCCCUCGUCACCUUCAGCUCGCCAUUCGCAACGAUGAGGAGCUGAACAAGCUCUUGGGUCACGUCACCAUUGCCCAAGGUGGUGUUCUUCCCAACAUUCACCAAAACCUUCUGCCCAAGAAGACCCCUAAGAGUGGAAAGGGACCGGGAAGCCAGGAGCUGUAAACAAUUUCUUUUUAAUUUGGGUUCUCUGAUUCGGCGCGGUUUGGUUCUCUUAUUGAUGUGAUAACGGGGUUCUGGUCGGAACGUUUAUGGCUCUGCGUUUUCUUUUAUAGUUUAUGGUUGUACAUUAUGUCUACGGACAUGGAAUGAUACCGACAGCAUUUUCAUGGAUUCAAGUUUCCUUCCGAUUAGAGUGUGGGCAGCAUGUCUUCGGCCCAGAAUGGCCAAUGAUGUCUUCCGGAUUGGUUUUUCCAAUGUUGGGGCUCGUAUGGGCUUCCCAAGCAGGGGGUAGUAGUAGACCAGUCAGUUUUAUUCCAUGUAUAGAACUAUC